AAGGAGUUAGGUUGCGUGAUUUUGAAAUUUUUAUUGUGUUCACUGGAGGGCGCUAUUAUGACAACCUCAAAAAAAGCAUUUCACACUGGGUUACAUUUCUGUGAACUGAAUUGCCUUCUGAUCAGCUGGAUGUAAGAGCCACAAAAUGAGGACAAGGUUGUCAUCACCAUCCGUCCUCUAUUUAUUAUUAGUCAUGUAAACCUUUAUAAACAUGCAUUGGAGAUACAGAGAUUGUCAUUAACUUCAGUUACUUGGUUGAGGUAAAACUGAAUCAUCUGCAAAUAUAGAUGUGGGUUGCUCUGUAGUGCGGUCUUCUCAAACAAACACCCACAGGCAGAGAAAGACAGACUACAUUAUGUAAACUCAAGUCUGACCGGCCCAAACUUAUUAGCAAUACUCAUCUGCAUUGCAGUGGGGGAUUGGUUGACAUAGCUUGGCGUUACAUUGAUGUGACAUCCAGACCAUUUGCUUUAUCUCAUCCUGCAUGUGACCUUUAAUUUGGCUGUAAUGUUUACAUUUAUGGCUUGGUUGCAACAGGUUGGAAAAGAGGUUCAAUGCCACAUACCACGUCAUGUUUUCUACAGAGACCAUGCUUGAAAACUACGAUUCCAACAAUCACAGCGUUUGUUCCUCCAUGACAGUUUGACAAAAUUGUGAAGUUGCGGGUAUUUAAAUUGCGCACUUUGGGUAAAGACAGACCACUUGCUCCAUGAGACAUUGUGAGUAUUUGAAGUAGACCAGAACACAUCUGAGAACUGACGAAUUCACUUGCGUGUUUAGAUUGUUUAGAUAUCAUACAGAUAAACUAAAAGCAACAGGUGGGAUAACUGUUGCAGAGGGGCUACAGUAAAGUGCUUCCAGAGGGUAAGGUUUCCAGUCCAGAUGUAACAGCAUUAUAUAUUAUAUAGAGGCUACUGUAGUGUCACUCAUAUCCUGUAGGCUUCUAUGACACAGUGACUGUCAAUAGAGGUUUUAUGUUUUGCAACCAACAUUCUUGUGGCUAAAGAGGCCUAGCCCAAUGUAGUACAAGUUGUUUAAUUUCAACACUGGUCCACUGUGCAUCUCUCUCUCCCUCUCUUUCUCUCCUCAUUUGAGUCAGGAUGAGUUAUGCUACACGUAUUCUGGAAGGUCAUCCACAGCCACACUUUUUUUAUGAAGCUGAACAGUAUUUCACGAGGCUACAUCUCAGCUAGGAGGAAAUCCAAUUCCAGAACUUACUCCACAGACACAAACUCCCUUCCCUCUCUCUCUCUCUCUCUCUGUGUCUCUUUCCCUUUGCAUACACACCACCACCACCAGCACCAACAUCAUCUCCACAAAUUAGUCAAGGAACAAAUUACCUGCAUUCUGAGUGUGAUCCCACGCACACUGGCGGAUGCCUUACACAGGUCCCCUUUUGAAGAGCAGCCGUGUGAUUUCUCUCCCCUUCGCCCCGCAGGCCUCCUCUGCCUUCUGCAAGGGAUUCUGGUGUUGAAUUAAACGAAGAAAAAAAACGAUGCAUGGCUGCUGCCUGGGCUUAUCAGCGCGUGCACAAACGGCAUGCAAAUCAGGCCAGGAUCACACACGGCAGUGGAGGCCUUCACUUAGAGGCAGGCUUAAUUGCUAAUUGGGUAUCUAGGUGUGAAACCCACACUGCCAACGAGACGUGGAGCCACAGUGGUUUUUUAAAGACAGUGUGGUUUCUGUUAAUCAAUUUAUUCCGAACAUAUUCCUGAAUUUAUUUUUUGAAAUUAACGGAUUCCCUUCUCGUUACAAGGAAGACGUGGAGGGGUGGUAUUAUAAUUGAACACGCGCAUCGGGCAUUUGUGUGGUGUGGAGGUGAUUUGAGUGUCAACGUUAGUGGCGACAGGCCUGGUGUUUCUGAGGGUGCCACUUUCUGAGGGGCGUUUGUGAUUUGUGCAUUUCUGUUAUCAUGAGGAACUUUGAAGGAAAUGCGGCCUGUUUCUUCUGAAAGAGGCAGUAAUCAUUGCCUGUGGUCACAGCUGAUCAGAUCUACAAAUACUUUAAAGUUUUCAUAGCUGGACAUGGCUACAUUGAUUAGAAGAAGGACUUUUACGAAGGUGCAACAGUGUCUCUUUAGCAAAGUGAUCAGGAUAGAAUAACCCUUUAUCACAAAUAAUACUGUCUCUUUACACUGUAACAGAUCAUCUUUGACCAUAAAAAAAUAUGUUUGGGAAGGAUAUGCAGGUUACUUGAAAAAAAAAGGAUCCUACUCCACCAACUUUACUGCAAUCAAUGUAAGGCAUUGUUCAGGAAAUACAUAAUCACAUGUGAGGAGAAAGGAGAGGUUGCAGCAUGCAGAGACUAUAAAAUGUCUGUGGAAAGGUCAGCCGUUCAUGUGAGGUCUCAGCUGCCCUGGGGACAUUUGUCCAGUGAAUGGUGUGACUGGUUUUAAUCUCGAACAGAAACCGCCUCUUUGGUUAGGAUACCAUUCGAUUCGUUACUGACUGCUGUUAAGAUAGUUGGAUGAGUUAUAUAGCGGCUGUUGCCCUAUUUGCUCAAAGUGUGUAGAUGUGUUGCCUAGUGAUAUGACCGAAAAUGUAGUGAAUUUCACUUCGGUGCUGCUAACGUGUUACCUGCAUGUUAUGGCUUGAAAGUUCAGAAAGAACAAAGGAUAGCUUUAGGAGCAGGACAGGGCAAAGAAAGAUUCUCAAGAGUUGACUGGGCAGGUCGCAAUCCAGAUGUGUUAUUUGCGAGGACUCGAAAUUCACCUUAUGGGUUGUCAAAAGUUCAACGAGGGGCUCGCUUUGUAAAAUAGUCAUUAGCAGAGGUUUGCUGUUUGUCUAAAAACGCGACAUUAUCUGCUAUUAAAACAGCGACAAUCCAAAAGACCCGAGGGCACAACAAUGAUAAUGUUGUCGGGGGAUUUGACUUCUCCCAGCCAUUGCUUAGAAGCUUCUCAGUGUGACUGCCGCAUUUAUAGCCUAUGCCGUCUCGGUGUGUGCGCUGUAUCUCUAUUCGGAAGGUGAAACCCGAGAGAAUCUCCGACUUAAGUCUCUGUUGCAAUGGACGAAACGGAUAUCAUGGACUUAACGCAUCAGAAAACGAGAAAACGACCGCGUCCAAUCAGUUCUGUGGAUUUGUCCGUACACGCGUCCUUAAAACGAAUCCCGUUAAGAACCGGGGAAUGCAGGGACCCAGCGUUCAUGUUCACAGUCAGAGGCGACAACAUACCUGCAGCAUCUUUAAAGCAGAAUGAUCAUUCUGUGUCUACUUCGCCAACUGCAGUAAUGCCCGCACAGGAUAACCGCUCCAGUAUGUCCAGACCCAUGAUCACCAGAUCGCCAGCGUCUCCCAUGAGUAACCAGGGCAUCCCAGCCCCCGCCCAGCUAACCAAGUCCAACGCCCCUGUGCACAUUGACGUGGGAGGACACAUGUACACCAGCAGCCUGGCGACGCUAACAAAGUACCCAGAGUCCAGAAUCGGCCGCCUCUUUGAUGGUACAGAGCCCAUAGUCCUGGACAGCCUGAAGCAGCACUACUUCAUAGACAGGGAUGGACACAUGUUCCGCUACAUCCUCAACUUCCUCAGGACGUCCAAGCUCCUCAUCCCAGAUGACUUCAAAGACUUCAGCCUGCUGUACGAGGAGGCGCGCUACUUCCAGCUGCAGCCCAUGCUGAGCGAGCUGGAACGCUGGCGCUCGGACCGGGAGCAGGGCCGGGUGUCGCGGCCCUGUGAGUGCCUGGUGGUGCGCGUGGCCCCCGACCUGGGCGAGAGGAUCACGCUGAGCGGCGACAAGGCCCUCAUCGAGGACGUCUUCCCCGAGAUCGGCGACGUCAUGUGCAACUCGGUCAACGCCGGCUGGAACCACGAUUCCACGCACGUCAUUCGCUUUCCCCUCAACGGCUACUGCCACCUUAACUCCGUCCAGGUGUUGGAGCGCCUGCAGCAGCGUGGGUUUGAGAUCGUGGGGUCCUGUGGUGGGGGCGUGGACUCGUCCCAGUUCAGCGAGUACGUCCUGAGGAGGGAACUGAGAAGGACGCCCCAGAGAGGAGGGCCCAACUCAAACAGAAUAAAACAGGAGCAGCUGGACUAGAGACCUCCACAACCACAGGAGGCACUAGACUUAUUUACUUACUUUAGGCGUGAGCUCUGCGUGGGCGUGAGCUCUCUGUAUGGACUCUUGUGUUUUUUUCCGUUUUGGUUUUGUUUCUUUUGUCAUUAUCUCUUUUUACUUGAGAACCACCUAUAGAAAAAAAGGUGCCAUUUUUUUUAGUUUUUGCCAUAAGAAGAUACAGAAUAUUUGAUAAGUUAUUGAAAUCUCAAGGACAUUUGUUGAUUGUUUACUAGCCCCUUUUGAGUGAAUUUAAAAGAAUUAUACACCGAAGCCCCAAAUGAAGUUUGUUUUAAAACUUUGAGCCUACAUUAGGUUCUCAAUUUUACCUGUCAACAUUUUUAAGGGUUUGAUUGUACAUGUAGUGCACACCCUUCUAUCAGUGCUUAGAUGUUUCCCCACUGGCAAAUUGCCAAGUCUCCGUUUCCAUAAAUGCUUUUCAAUAGAAUUGAAUAUACUAAUUAAUAAUGACAUUAUUUUUCUCAUGAUUAAAAGGGUUUAGUAUUGUGCCACAAAUGAAGUUGCUUUUACAUGAAUGGAAGUUAUCUUAUUGGAUUAUGCUAUUAAAUAGAGUUCACUUUAGUCUCAUCAAGAUUUUAUGUCAUAGGUCAUUCUAUAAUCACUUAAAGAAAAUGCUAAGUAAAUUAUUAUUAUAAUGUCACAUCAUUGCCUUGUUGUACAGGGAAUACAGGUUAUCCUAGAAACAACCAAGGUAAUUCAUUCAGUGGGUUAUAACCCUCUGGAGUGGCAAACUGUAUGAUAUUGUCAUUGUAUACGUGUUUGUUUGUGUUUUUUUACAUUUAAAUUGACAUCUUUUUAAAACAAAUCUGUUGCCUCAUACAUGACUGAACUGAUACAAGCCUAUUGUAACACCCAAUCUAAAGAUCACCCUCACAUUUAGCUUAUAUUGAAAUGAAGUUUCUAACAUGACCAACCUACCUACUCUCCCUAGAUUUGAGGUAAGAGGAAUGUAGCUCACAAAUGUGAAAUAAAUCUUCAACAUAAGUUGUAAUAAA